CCCGGAAGCGUUGCCAUGGCGGCGGCUGCGCUCCGCGGCCUGGAGGCCGCGCUGGAAACGCACCGGGGACGGGACCGGGCCGUCCGUGCCCUGUCCUACAGCCUCCAGCUGGUGGGAGGAGCCCUGCCCGGGCCCGGGGGGCUGCCAGGGGGGCUCCUGGCUGCCUCUGCCCAGCUCAGCUCCUGCCGCACCGUCCUGCGCCUCUUCGACGACCUGGCCAUGCUCCAGCACAGCUGCGGCUACGGGCUGGGCCCUGAGGAUGAGGAUGUGCUGGUGCGGGGGCUCAGCGUGCUCUGCAACGUGGCCAACCAGCUCUACUACCCCUGUGAGCACCUGGCCUGGGCGGCUGAUGUCGGAAUUGUCCGUGCCGCUUCCCAGAGGUGGUGGACCCUGAGCACGGCGCUGUGGGGCUCUGCCCUGCUCUUGGGAAUCCUGCGGUCCCUGAAGGUCUUGUGCCAGUUGAGAAGAAAACUGAGGCAGCACAAGUGCAGCACAUCCUCACCUCAGAGCCAGAAGUUGAGAGCCCAGGUGAAGGCAGAGGUUCUGAGCAUCCUCAUGGACGCAGCAGAUCUUUCCAAUGCCAUCCAUUGGCUGCCUCCAGGAUUCCUCUGGGCUGGAAGGUUCCCCCCGUGGUUAGUAGGGCUCCUGGGGACCAUCUCCUCCCUGAUUGGAAUCUACCAGGCAUCCAGAGGAGGAAAUUCUGAAGCUGUUUAAAUAAUUGAGCUUCAGGAGCCAAAUUCCCACGUGGUAAAAGUGCCUUUAGUGAGGCAGGGUGUAUUUUAACUUUCCUGUGUGUUGCUGAUUGUAAUCCCAUACAUCCUUUGUGUGGAUUGUAAUUGGGACUGGAAUCAAGGUGUCUGUUGCAGAGAGGAUUGUUUGCAGUUGAUAAUUUUUGUCUCUCUCCAUCAGAGAAAUCUUUCAGGUGAAUCCUCUGAAAAUCAAUCUGCGGUUGGUAAAAUUGAAGGGGGGAAAAGUGCCUUCCAUCCUUCCUUCCUCUGUCCCAAAAGAUAAAUGCAACCUUCCAGUGUUUUCUGGAAGAAAAGAGCACAAAGUCGGUGUUAGGUGGAAAAACUGUCGUGGUUCUGUCACACAAAACUCCUAAGGGACAAAUCCUGCAAGUUCAUCCUCCAGGACAGGGGCACAAUCCAUAUCCUGGGAGUUUCAGAUAUUUUGGGGUUUGAGCCCAGAGCAAAAAGAGGAGUGAAAAGUGAAAAGUUUUGUUUGUGACAGAGGCAAGAGGGGAAGGAAAUAGCAUCUGGAAGCAGAGCGAAGCUUCCUUCUAGUCUGCCUUGCUCAUUCAAGGAAAAACUGAGGAAGUUGAGACUUCCAGGAGCUCUGAGGCUCUAGCUGUGCCUUCGUGGAAUGCCACCGGGUGGAGCUCUUCCACCAGGCUCCGGCAGAUGCUAACGGUCUUUUUUUUGUUGUUUUCUUUUUUAAAAAAAAAAGGCAGGAAAUUUAUGAAUCACCUUUCAAAGGAGCAA